AUGUCUUCGCAUCAUCAUCCUAACACAUCUUCAAGCUCCUCUGAUCCCCCUGAAUGGUCGGAGUCACCAGAACCAUCAAGGCCCAGCAAACGCAAGCACAGGCAGUCCUCCAGUGACACCAGCACCAACGACCUCAUAAAUUCCAUAUCGUCAGGCUCUCGGAAGCACACAACAAGGAAACAUGAAGAUUCGAAAACAGAUGACACAGAGCUAUACCGAAACGCAGGAAGGAAGGCUUCAAGCCUUCUGGAUACGUUCGGCAUACCUUCUGCAGCCUUCAAGACCGGUCUUCAAUUUGACCGAGGUGGUAAGCGCGACCCAAAACAACCUGAAGAUGUCACCAAUCGGCAUUUGUUACUGUACAAUGGCGUCAUCGACUAUGUUCCUAGUCUCGAGAGCGAGCUCAACCACAUAUCAAGCAAAAAACUCAAUGUGAUCAUUGCAAUGGUAUCAAAGGGUAUGAGUGAUGGCAGAUCCGCAGAUCUGAGCUCUGUCAAGCACAAGGGCCUGCAAUACAUUGGGCUAAAUAUGUAUAGUAAGGCCGAUGCUCUUGACCCGCCAGUUCCAGAAAUCGAGGAUAAGUCAAUGCGUGGGCUCAAUCACCCGCAGUUGGCCCGUUUACUUUGCCCUCGGAAGAAAUUGGAUUGGUUUGAUGAGGGUCCUGAUUCCGCUAUGGCUGCCUUGCAAGCUGGCGAAAUCACCAUGAUGGCACACAACUGGCCAACAUUCUUUUAUGAACACGACAUUUACGAUGCUGCUGAGAAGACACACGGCCUGUUUCGAAACCAUAUUGUUCUGAGGACAUACUUUACAAUCAGCAGCGUGCAGCACUGGACAUGGUGUAUCGGCGACAUGGACUUGGAUGAGCUCCUCUGGGCCAUCAUUGAAAUGCUAGACGACGAUGACGAUCCAUGGGUCAAAGACACCCUUGCAUGGUGGAACAGCAAGGACGACAUCAUGCAGAUUCGUGCUCAACGAGCUGCACGCCGUUCUGCUUUAGCUAAGUCAAAUGCACCAUCACGUCCAGGCCACCCUAACGAGCUUCAAGAGCCCUCAACAAGUGGCAAGCGCACCCGCCCUGUGGAGCACCGCCCUGAAGCGCAGGCCUUCCAAUAUUCGCAAGGUCGUGUGUGGUCUUGUUAGGCCUUCCAAGGCCUCGUCAGG